GCUAAAUGUCGCAGGUCAUCAAGAAUACUGUAAACGAAAGUAUAUAUGAUGAUACAAAUCGAUUAAAUGAAGAAGAAUGUUUUCUUUCUAAAGUAGACUUAUUUGCGCGAGAUCGAGGGAUCAACUUUGAAGCAACUCCAAAAGUAACGCGCAAGCCAAUUUCUCUUUUCGAGUUAUACAAGAAAGUGAAAAAGAAAGGAGGUUAUGAUGCUAUAAAUAAUACCGAAAAUGGAUGGUCCGACCUCGCCGGGGAAUUUCGACAGUUAGAUCCAACCAGAGCUCCCAAAUCGCUUCAAAAUUUGUACUUUAAGAACUUGAUCGCCUGGGAAAUGUAUGAUCUGUGGCACUUGCAAAGUCCACCUCCUCAGCUAUUAGAGCUCAGUUCAAAUAAGAACAAUAUUCUGCAACGAGUAAAAACAUACAAUUUGUCACCUUCUUAUAAAUCAACGGAUGCAUUAGAAGUUGCAGACACAAAAAAUUCGAAUUCACUGAAGAAUUUCUACAAAAGCAUUCGUCCUCCCUCUCCUGUUACCCUUGAACGACGUGCCGAAGAAGCACUGAACUCAAACUAUCAGCCAUUACCAAAUGCUGCUAAUUUUUCCAAUACGACUUUUCCGAUCGUCCCUGUCCAUCCCUUGCCGGCAGAUUCGCCCUUACAACGACAAGUAGAUCGCUCUUCAGGACCAGCAAUUUCAAUUGAGGAAUCAUUAGGUCAGGGGAUACCUGGACCUCCUCUAUUAAUUCGCAUGGCUUUAGCCCUAAAAUCUCGACAAGAAGAUGAAGUUGAUUGGGCAGUAUGUCAUUUAGUAAAAGUCUCAUUUGAACGAUACCAAGAGUUUAAACUAGAAAGAUUACCAUUUUUGGCUGAAUGUUUGGUGGAAGCAUUGGGUUUUCAAAUUUCACUUGUGAAAAAAGUUUCCAAUGAAUCUGAUAUUACUCAAUAUCUUGAUAGGGCGAUCGGUAUCGCUUUGGUUUUACGGAAUUCUGUUUUAUCUUCUGAAAACGCAAAACUUAUUGCCAAGGCCGAAUUGAUAGUAGGUGUUUUAGAAUCUGCCAUCCGAUGUGCGAAAACCUUUGAAAAUGUGGAACUUCUCCAUUAUUGCCUAGAUAUUUCGGAAACGAUCAGUUCUUACUUAUGUAUUGAAGAUGAAAAAAUUGGGUUAUACUUACUGCUUUGCAGCUUUCUCAAUUCCUCUGACAAUGCUGUACUCAUAGCUACUUUACGAACGCUUGCUCGCCUUGCUUUAAACGACCGAAACAAUAGACUUCUUCAAGAUUUGGAUGAAAAGGUUGUUAUUAGGAUUAUUUCUUUGACUGAAACAAAUAACGAGGAGCUUGUUGCAGCGACACUUGACUUUUUGUAUCAGUAUACAACCUAUCGAACGAACACAUCCGGUCUACUAUCAAAUUCUGCGAUUUGGAUUCUCGUAAACCAACUAACGAGGCUAAUGAUGUAUCAAGCUCAGGAACGAGUUGUUACUAUUGCAGUUGCAAACAGCGGGAAAGCUGAUGUUCAAACACCCAAUACCUCACAAACAACAUCUUUUUUGCCUUUACCAUACUCUGAGCUUCAGCAACUUGUUUUACUCCGAGAACCUGAGCGUUCAGUGAAAUGGAUGAGAUGUUGCUUUGAAUCUAGUCCAGAUGAUUAUGUAUUACAGACUGAUAUUUGGCAAAUGUACUGUUCGGAUAUGGAGAGGGCCCAGGGUCCUGGCUUGAUGGCAAUCAGUCCUGCAGAUUUUAUUAAGGUAUCUAGUCAUGCCUUUUAUAACGCUAGGGCUAUGACGGUUUCAACCCCAUUACUGCCGGUUGAAUAUGUUAUUAAUGGAAUUAAGCGAAGAGAACUUCCCAUUUCUCUAAUAGGAGAAAAAUAUCAAGUUUGUAGAUGGAAAAAAGAUAAUGGUACUUUAUGCGGAGAAACUGUUUUAGGCACCAAAUCGACAUGGGCACAUCUUCAGGAAUUCCAUAUUUUUCCUCAGGUGUUAGAAGAAAAGCAUUGUCGUUGGGGAGAUUGUACCUACUAUAUCCAUUCUGAUCAAUCUGGUGGAUCAUCGGUACCAUCGCAUCAGAGUCUUUUGAAGCAUAUUUUGACCCAUUUGUAUGACAAUAAUCUUCAAAGUACAACUAAUGAGGGACGUAAAUUAUGCCCAUCAAGAGAAUUCCGUAUCCCUUUACUUUUAACUGCUGUGGAUGAGCAAGGUGAUGCGACUGGUAUUGCUUUGACAGCAACUCUAGUCCUGCGUAAUCUUGUGCGGUCAAAACAAGGAAAAAUGUUGUUUUCGGCGAUUGAGGGUCAUGUUCUUGAAGUUAGCACUAUGAAUCCUGCGGUUGCACCGUAUGUGAGCGAAAUGCUUCUUGGUCAAAUAUAAAAAGUCGUGUCAUUGUAGUUAUAGAAUUAUGUAAUGAAGUUCAACGAA